ACUCUGCACCUCGCAUUCUGUUACUCCAUCCUCCAUGCCCUGUGUUCCCCAAGCAACGGCAUCCUCCCGUCCCACUGAUCAGCCCAUCUCCUCUCCCCGCCAUGAAGUCCCACACGAGCAAGAGCGGCCCGUCUUCUCCGAAGCGCUCGGCCGCCUUUGCCGCGCCGGUGGCCUUCCUGCUCGUCCUGGUGCUCGUCACGCUCUACGACUUGUCCUUCGCCGACCGCCGUUACCUGCGCAUACAUGGCGCCCCCUCCUCAUCGUCCUCGGCGUCGUCUCCGGCCUGCGACCUCACGCGGGGCGAGUGGGUGCAGGACGCCGUGGAGGCGCCGUACUACACGAACCUCACUUGCCCCUUCAUCGACGACCACCAGAACUGCAUGAAGUUCGGCAAGCCGAGCCUCGAGUUCCUGCGCUGGAGGUGGCGGCCGGACGGCUGCGAGCUCCCCCGCUUCGACGCCGCGCGGUUCCUGGAGGCCAUGAGGGGCAAGUCCAUGGCCUUCGUCGGGGACUCCCUCGCCAGGAACCACUUCAAGUCCUUGCUCUGCCUCCUGUCCAGGGUGGCGCAGCCGGUGGAGGUCGGGGGUGAGUCGGAGAUCGACCCGACGGGGAGGGCCGUCCGGCGGGACUACUACUACGGCAGCCACGACUUCACCGCCUCCCUCUUCUGGUCGCCUUUCCUGGUCAAGGCCAACCUGUCCAACGCCACGCUCGGCAUGUGGGACGUGCACCUGGACACGCCGGACGCGCGGUGGGCGUCGCACCUCGCCGGCUUCGACCACGUCGUCCUCUCGGGCACCAACUGGUUCCUCCGCCCCUCGGUGUACUACGAGGGCGGGCGCGCCGUCGCGUGCAACGGCGGCGCGAGCUGCGUCAACGGGAACGUGACGGCCGAGAUGACCGUGCCCCGCGCCCUGCGCGCGGCGUUCCGGACGGCGCUCGGCGCCGUCGCCGCCAGUGAGGGGUUCCGCGGCAAGGCGGUGCUCCGGACGGUGACGCCCGCGCACUUCGAGGGCGGCGAGUGGAACACCGGCGGCGACUGCGUCCGCACGCGGCCCUACCGGCGCGGCGACCGCGCCCUGGGCGCCUUCGAGUCCGAGUACCGCAGCGCGCAGGUUGAGGCGCUGCGGGAGACGAAGGCGGCGGCCGCGACGACGAGGAGGGACGGCGCGGAGGCGGAGCUGGUGCUGAUGGACAUCACGGAGGCGAUGGACCUGCGGCCGGACGGGCACCCGAGCUGGUACGGGCACCCGCCGGGCGGGAGCGUGGAGGGCAGCUUCGUGGUGGACUGCCUGCACUGGUGCCUGCCGGGGCCGAUCGACCUGUGGAGCGAGCUGCUGGCCCAGAUGCUCCUGCAUCCACGUCGAUGAGUUCGGGCGCUUGUCAACCGUCCGAGUGAUUAAAAAGUCUCUAUACACGGCCGUGAUUCUUUGAUUCUUGAGACGUGAAACGGUUGAAGGACAAUGUAUAGUGAUCAUCGUGCUUGGGUCAAGUGGGCGCCUCGUGGAUCGUCGGCAGAAGUUGUAUUUGCACCAGCUUUGGAAGCAAAGUAGACCCUCCACUAAACAUGGCUAGUGUCACGCUGUCAACACGCUGACUUGCUUAAAUGAGUAUGUUCUGUGUCGUGUCG